AGAAAAUUGAUUCCAAUAUGGUGGACGUGUCAACAUAUUUGGGUCUUUCGUGUCUACAAGUUAUUAUGAAACGUUGUUCACCAAUAUUCUAAAGUAAAACCCAGAAACAUGGAGUUUUGUUAUUGAAUUAUUCCCUGAUGUCAUCUUGGGCCGGAUUCACAGACGAGGAGCUCCUCCGGCUAAGACAGACUGCAGGAGAAGAUGGGACAGCUCCAGGAAGCCUUAAAAAGUCAGCGAUAAACACUGCAAAACGACAACGACCUCGUGAGAAAGUAAGACCAAGAGGUACAUCUUCAGGGAAACUAGAUUCCGGGAAAAAAGAAGGAAAUGAAGACCAGGGCGCGAGAGAUUGCGCUCAGUUAGCGCCGCAGAACACAAGCACCAAAUCUUACGGUGGUCGCUCAACUUCGCGACUUGAUUCCAGGGAAGAAGAAAAGGAAAAUUCUUCUCCAGAGUGUGAAAGGCGGGGAAAAAGUGUAAGCCAAGUGAAAGAAAGGAAUUCUCUCCCCGAAGAAUCGUCUUUAGAGAACAAGUCUCUGAAGAACGCCAAUGAUCAACAAGGAAAAGCUUUCGAGGUGGAUGAUGGCCAUCAAGAGCAAAGCGGUAUACUUACGGAUAAAGAGGUGGAAAUCGAUCUCCCUAAUAUAAUCGACGAAAAUGAUAGGUAGGAUUAGGGAAAGGUAUUAUUAAAGUUUUAUUUGAUCAGUUUACACGGACAGUUGCUGUUGAGGGUACUUACCAGUUUGCGAACAUUUGAACCCACAUUCCAUAAUUGAAAGAUUGGUCUCCUAGUGACACAUUUAAUUAAAAGUAAUUUUACUUCUUUUGCCAUUGAACGCACUGUGUGCCUUGUAUGUUUGUCUUGUUAACUGCUUUCAAUAAGCGCUGGACAUUUUAGAUAACCUAUACAGAAAAUAUGGUGAGUAAUCAAUAAAUUGUUUUGGUUUUUACACAAUACCUGUAAGUGCAGUACAUUCAAUUUGGCAGAGGUACAUGAAAAUUUUUCGAAUGUGCGGUAUUGACAAAAAAAAAAAGUUGGGACACUUUAAUCAAAAGACCAAAGUGAUACAAAAAAUGAUUUUCCCUCCUUUUUGUUUCAUUUUACACUUGUACCCAACAAAGCAACUCUUUGUGAUGAAAGCAAAAGAGGGGGGGGGGGGGGGGAUGGGAUGAAAGUCAAUAAGGGGUGCACUUUGUCCAAAAUGCAUAGCAAUAGGUAUUACACCCCUUGAUGCUUACUGCAUUUGUCAGACAUCUGAUAAAGUUUGCUUAUUUCUAACAGUUUGUGACUAACUAAAGAUGCUGCUUCCCAGUCAAGUCUAUUUAGAUUUUCUUGAAAAAAUUAAGUUCUCUUUUUGAGCAAUCACAGUCUCUGUAUCCAAGUGAGGACCUAUCCAAGAAGACAAAUUAUUAAACAUAUAUUAAUUAAAAUAAACCUAUCAAUACUUUUAAUGACAUGUGAAAUUCUCUAAACCUUUUGCAUAGAAUACAAGCAAUUGAAUUGUCAGCUUUGGAAAAGAUGCAAGAAAAACAGAAACAGAUUGAACAGGAAAAUAAAAGAAAGAAAGCAGCUCUCCAGGAAACAAUAAAGAAAAGGUAUUCAUUUACUAGUUCAUAAAUUCAAAAAAGGGCAAGUCAAACAUAUUGAUUAAUGAUACUGUCUUUCCCUGAUUAACUUUUAAAGCUUCGAUUACAGGGGAAUCAGUACAGGAUAAUAAGUGCCCCCAUCAAUUAAGCCUUCAUCCAAUAAGCACCCCUCCUUUCAGCUGAAAUUUUGAAUGAGUUAAGUUAAGUUAAGGAUUAUAUAGGUUUUAAGUCUGAGGGGAACAUAUUGUCGCAUACUUAUUGACAACAGGGUGAAUAUAUCACAUACAAAAAUAGGAGAAAGCAGAGAGGAUAUUCUAGACUGUGUAAUGAUUAUAUUUUGUGGUGUGAAAAGUUUGCAUGAACAGAGCACUCAUCAAGGAGGUCAUUCAUCACAAUGGUUUCAUUAAUUACCAGUAACUUUUCUUCAGUUGUGAUUUGCGCCUCUCAUGUUGUCUUAUUUUGUUUAUUUUUUGUUUGGUUAGAUAUCAGAAAACCCAAGCAGAAGCACACACUCUUAGUUUAGUUCAGAAAGAGUUGAGCCAUCUUGACAGUCUACUGUCUGCUGAUGUAGCUAUUCUUCGAGACAAGAUAGAGGAGAGCAGUAGAGAUUUCCUUAGUGCACAGUAAGUGAAUAAGCACACUAACCAGUUUAAGUUUGUCAAGAUGUUUCACAAUGAAUUCUCAGUUUUACGUAGCACUUUUUCUCUAAAUUUUAUAGGAGUAAAUUGAAAAAUGCCAAUCUGAAUUAACUGCAGCACUGGCAACAGAUUUUGUAUUUCAGCAGAUUUCUAAGAUGUUUUAUUAUUGACUCUUUAAUCAUCUCUCUGCCCCUAAUGUCACUUCAAUGAAGCGUUAUCAAAUUAGACAAGGGAACCAAUCAAAUUUAGCAGUUCCAAUGGAUAACAUCUCAUAAGAUCACAGAAACAUACACAGUUGCUUAAAUUUAUUUAAAUCAGGCAUAAAUUUGUUGCCAUACUAUUUUGUGUUCUACUUGUCUACCAUCUUGAGUCUGUCAUUUGACAGUUCCUAAACAUUUCCUCGCUCAAACAAAAGUUCACAUUCUGUCUUUAACAGGACUCUUAUUGAAAGUAUAUCAGUAUCAUUGACCUCAACUGUGCUCAAUCUUUGACAUGAAAGUCUGCUAAACAGUUGUGAAAAGUUUAAAUUUUUGAUUGCCAAACAUGACACGUGUCCACGCUUAGAUGAAAACAGUGGUAAUGUUCACAGCAGGACAAACUACUUGAAACUUUAUUUUCAGAAAGAGGUAUGAAAAGGCAGAAAAAGAGUUUGUGGAGGCAAAGAUGGAUUUACACAGAAAAACGGAAAGGAAAGAUUUGCUAACAGAGCACCUGUAUACCAUUAUUAGAGAAAAUGAAUUAAGAAAGGCAAAAAAACUCGAAGAACUCAUGGUAAAGCUUAAUGUCGGGAACGAUGUUGGCUUUUCAGCACAAAAUGAGGGUGAUGAAGCCAUUAUGGAACAGAACAAUUCAGAAAUUUCUGUACUAUCAGAGGAUAAGGCGAGAAGAGAGAUUCCAGAAUCGAAUUCAGGUUCGGCUUUACAUCCAUGUCAUGCAGUAGAAGACAAAACUCCUAUCGAACAGACUGAAGUUGACAUGGCAAAACAGAAAAUGUUGUCUGAAGCGGUUUCAGAAAAAGAAGUUACAGUUCCAACCUGAUUAAGCUUCCCUUUACUUUAGACAAACAUUUCAAAAAUUUAGGACCGGAAGUGGCAAUCAUGACUCCAGGUGAACUACUUGGAUAUCGUGCUGGCUGACACUUCUUAGAUACCGAGUGAACCUCAUGAAAUGCCAAAAAAUCAGCAGAAUUCGUUGGAGGACUUGAUUUUAUAGCUUAACUACUCAAUGGAACGUAGUUUUAUAUACUCCGCAUUAGAGGAGUCAUUCACCGUUCAGUUUUUUGAGCUGAAUCUCUUCUGGGAAAUAAACGUUGUAAAUUACUAUAAGAGGCUUGCUUAUUUACUCGAACGUAACACAGACCUGUCGAAUUAGCCACGCCCUCCUUUCGACCCUCCCGCCUUAUAUGAGGGUCUCAGUGGUGUUAACCGUUAGGCAUAAAACGGACAAAAUUGAACAGUUUGCUUUAAAAGUCAUCACCCCUUUGAGAUCCUCUUAUUAGCGUCUUUGUUAUCUUCCACUCAAAUUAUAAAAUAGUCGACCAGUGGAAAUCGUGUUAGACACUAAAAACAAUCAAACUCGGUCAUUUGAGUGUUCCUGCGCUUCAAGCACUUUGCUUGUUCCACUUUGAGUUUUCAUUGGCGAAUGAAAAAGUUAAUCUUAGUUCUGUUUGGUUACUAGGAUUACUUUGUGAAACCUCUCUAUUAAAGCAAUUUCAAGUGUGUGUUUAGUGUAAGUGUUGCUCCAGGAAACUCGCGCC